UACAAACAUUUCAGCACAUAUCAAUAAUGAAAAAAUGCUUUUUUAAAUUUAAAUGAUACCUUGGGCGUAUUCACGGACAUUCUUGACGUCGGAGAGACGCAUAAUGCUGUUACUCUCUCACGGUGCACUUCGUGUUCGGCCCUAUUAACUGCCAAAUCCUUUCAUCGACAAGAGUCUCGAGUUUUGUAAACCAGGGAUUAACCUCUGGAUUAUUACCAUUAGUAUCGGUGCUGUCUUGUAACCAUUGAUUUACACACCAAUAUCAGAGCCUCAGACUGAUGUGCGUGGCAAAGGAGAGCAAAAUUAGCUCAAAAGAUAUACACGGACUUCAGUGUUAACACAGUCGAGACAUCUACUACGCACGAAAGACCGAAUGUUUAUUUAUAUGAAAAAGAAGUUCUUCUUUAUGUUGAUCAUUUUUAGGCAUUUAUUUGUCAUAUCAACAUUUACAGGCGAGACUAGCUCCCGCGGCACACAUUUCAUCGUUGGGUUCUUGGAGGCGCAUGCAAGCUGCAGCUUGGAGCUGUGGAUUACUCCCCAGGUGAAUACUACACUGACGGUGAACGUGUCCUCGAAGACCGCUGUGAUACAUGAAGGCGUGGGGACAGGAGGGAGCCUAAUACGCGUGCCUGUACCAAUAUCUUUCCAUAUGACAGGGAGUAGCAGAGAAAGAAAAGCUAUUUCAGUGCAAUCGUCAGAAGUAAUCGUUCUACACGUGAGAUCAAUCUGUAGUUCAAGUGGAACCUCUUACUUUGCGUUGCCAACUGACGCAAUUAACUCAAACUAUUGCGUCGUGUCAUAUCUAUACAGCUUAAAUGGCAUGGCCAUCAUUGGUGUCGUGGCGAUCUCAGACAAAACUGACAUAAAAUUUGAGCUUCCCACAAACAGAAAUAUUUCUAUUGUGUACAAAAAUGAAAUAUAUAAAGAAGGAGACUGUAUCUCUGAGACACUUAACUCUUAUGAGACAUUACAGAUUCGAAGUUCUGACGAUUUGACUGGUACCUUCAUAAAAGCCAGUAAACCUAUCACUGUGCUGGCGGGUUUUGGAGAAUUUAUUCCUGAUCGCGGAGUAUAUACAAUGAAUUCGGUGAUGGUGGAUCAACUACUUCCUUCAUGCAGUUGGGGUACAGAGUUCAUGACAAUUCCUGUGGCAAACACUAGUGUCAUCAUUAGAGUAGUAGCAAUCGAGGACAAUGCUGAUAUAUACAUUAGAACAACGGAAGGCAAGUUGGAAGCCUUUGCUCUAGAAAAAAGCGAUUUCAGAGACACGCAUUUACAGCAAGGCAAAUCCAUCUGGAUAGAGUCCGUAUCGCCUAUCGCGUCAGUACAGAUCACCAUGCAACAUAUGCCGACUGAAAGACCUUUGUCUAACAUCCUCAUGCCGAUAAAUCUCUAUAGUAACAGCUAUGUUUACGCAACUCCGAGUUCCUCACCAAACAAUUAUUCUCUUUAUAUUGCCGUUCCCGAAGAACUGAAAGGGAAUUUAUUUGUUGACACAUUGCCUCUUGUCCAAACUGGGAUUUCAUGGGAAAUAUGUCAGGGAAAUAGGCAGAAUUUUUCCACGGCUGUGAUGCAAGUUGAGCCUGGCUGGCAUCGUAUAACGAUGAACUCGACCCUUGGGUUCUUUGCAAUGCUCCACGACAACGGAGAAAAUGGAUCAUUUUGGGUACCGUUAGGGAUGAAUUCGACAUCACUUCUCGCCAGUUGUUCAUCGUGUUGCAAUCUAACGGAUUUUUCAUGUGUUAUGAAAAAGGGACUGGGCGUGACAGACAGUGCUACUGUGAUGUACACUUACAACUACAGUCGCCAAACAAACAGUACAGAGAGCGCCAUCAAAAUUACCUUGGAAAGUAAAGAGGUCAAAAAACCUGGGGGGAUGCAUCCGUAUGUGCUGUCCAUCGUCAUUUCGUUGUGCUGCGCUGUAACAUUGGUUUUCCUUUGCAUACUUGGAUUUACAAUCGCAGAGUUUUACUGUAGACGGGACGACUUUCGAAACAGACAAGAUUAGGAAGUAUAUGAGAGUCAUCAAACUGGCGACUGACGAUUACGAACUAUUGCAUGUAUGGCGAACUGCAUUUCACAUCACCGACAUGGUGAACUGGUUUGUUCCGCCUUCUUUGGAGGAGCGGUGUUUAUUCAUAAUUGAUGUGCCAUGUUCUAAUAAAGGUGAAUUAUGAGAAAUGUCAAGAGGCAGGCAUUGAGAAAUGGAACCAGGACUUACUGUGUUCUAAGAGGAAAAAGUUCCGAUUGACAGUGGAUCGUAGCAGACUGCAAGAACUGGCGAUAUUUCCCUUACUGUGAUACAUUUAAUCAUUUAAUAAUCUCUGAUUGCUAUUCCGCUAAAGCAGGUGAUGAUUGAGUUUCACACAAUUGUCAUAACUCUGGCAGGCAUCUUUUGAAAGAUCUCUUCUUUCUUGAAUAACGACAGCUGUGGCUUUUGCGAUUUCUGGGAGCAGCUGCAUUCGCAUUUAAAUAGAAACGGUUUCCAUGUCGAAAUAAAAUCACAAUGUCGAGAAACGGAGGUAGAGUCGGAACUGCAAUUUAUCUGCAAUUUACUAACUUUAAAGAGUAAUUUAAGUGCAAUACCUGUCGUGCUGCGAUGGUGACAGAAGAACUAUUGUGUAAACUUACGGUCGUAUUCCACAUAAGAAAGAAGGCUUUUAGACGAUUCAGCGUGUUCCGUCUGAACUGGAUGAUUUUGUCACAAUUUGUCGAUGUCACUCAUUUAAACAUUUCUCAUCAACACCAACUUUGUUCACGCUCGUACAUUACCACAACCGGUAGGGUAUCUCCAGGCCUGCAUCUGGGUUUAAACAUUCUUUGGCAAGGGUAUGCACCUGCACCCUGUUACUAUUCUUCUCUUUAAUAUUUAAUCGUUGGGUUCGAUGCGUUUUGUACGUGUACUAGUAUGUCCACAGUAUACAUUAGCAUGUGAAUUUUGUGAUGAAUUACAUAUAGUUGGCACAUUCAUACACGAAACAAAACCGUUCGACGUUUUGGUUUUUACGUUAUUUGAUAUGGACAAUUAGUCACUUAAGUAAUGUCUAUUUUAGAUUUACAUGACCGAGGGGUUAAUUUGGGAACAAACAAAAAAGCUAGGAAAAGAUUCCUUAUCUGACCUCGUAAAUAACUUUUGACUUUACCAUGGGGUUUGACUGACAAAUAGAUCCUUUUCCUGAAAAACACUUAAAGGGCAAUAGAUUAUCUUCAGGUAUUUAUGCAUUGUAUAAGAGGCAGUCUUAGAUCAAUACUGAUGAUCGUGAGGUGCUUCAGUCCAAUCAAAGAAAAGGAGUUCGACCCUCGGGCUCUUAUUUCGUGAUAGACACCAAAUUUAAUUAGUGGUCAUUUCGUGCAAAUGCGCCUUACCUGGUUUCAACCUACAUUUUUUCUUAUUAUCUAGAUUUGUUAAUAUGGAAAAGCAGGUAAUAAAUGUUCUCCUAUGUUAUGAAGAAUCAUUUCUUCGAAUUUUUAGCAAUGUAACUUUGUGCUGGAGUUCAGUUUGUACAUGUCUGACAUAAAUCAUUUUGUCAAACAAUAUCAGGCUACAUGUUAGGUACAGUGUUCGGUAAAUAAAAAAAAGCACGUUUAUUACCAAGAACUCAUCAGUUACUUUUGUCGUGGCAGCUAAUAAAGCAGUAUCUGUGCCAAUAUUUACAUAAAAUGUUUGUUUUGAGUAAGAAUUAUUGUGAUCCAAUGUUUUAGAUAAUUAGCCUUUGUACUGAAUUUACAUCCGGAAGAACGGUGGAAUCGUGUUGUAUUGCUUGGUGUGACCACGGACUUUAGCUGCAUAUUUAAGAACUGGCUAAUUGUUCAAAAAGCACAUUUUUCUAAAACUGAUAAAAAAUGGACCUGAAUGAUGUCUGAAUGAAGCCACACAGUCGAAAAUCAUCGCAUUGCUGAAUUUUUACACAAUAGUUUUAUUGUGGCAGUUUCGAUUAAGACAGUUUUAGAAAAGUGUUUUAGAAUGAAAUC